GCGUACAAUAUAAUAUGUAUAGCUCACGAUGACAGCGCCAGCCAGUACAGUAGUGCUCAGUUCAGUUUGUGCAAAUUGCUCGUAUAAUUUGACGCUAGUUGUGCGUGUACAUCAACUUAAUAUUAAAUCAGGACGGUUCCCGCGGCUACCUGUAAUGAUCGACUUCUUCUAAUACACUACCUUUGGCGUGCUAAUAGAUUUUAGUUCAGUGCAUAACCAUCGAGCCAAAAAUUAGUGUUACAGCUACCUAAAUCAUCGAUUAGAUAUAAAAAGUUGACCUGAUACGUCCCUUCUGGCUUUGAUAGUGGUAAUUUCUCAUAUUCAGAUAAAAAUAUGCGAUGCGUUUAUUAUAACAACUCAUUCUUGUCUAGAUUAUACGCCAGUUUGAUUCAAGUAAAAAUUACAAUUAUGUACUUUAAACUGUAGGUAAAAAUAAAUAUACAAAUGUGGAUUAUUGUUUGUUGAUGAAUUUUGUUAUCGACUGUUCACUCAGAAUGCCUUCGUACAGCCAAAAAAUAAAUGUAGAUCUUAAUUCUAAUGAGAAUGGUGCUAUAAAGACAGACGAUAAAAACAAAAAAGAAGAAAGGAAAUAUGCCUCGGCGGAGAAUAUCUCAAAUAGUGCACCAGUGGGGCUUAGUCCGAAUCAAAUAAUAGCAUUCGCACUACGAGAUUUUCUUGGAGCUUCAAGUACUGUGGUCAGUGCUCUGGACAAUGAAGGCGAACAACCUUCACAGUCUAAUGCUGGUCCAACUCUUCCAUAUAUUGAUGAACAUGUAGAUGACGCCACGCAGUCUGAGGAGGAGCAGCCGCUGGCGCGAGACACUGACGACGUACUGAACAACGCCGCAUGCCGUCUAAGGCGUUGGAAAGCAGCGUCCCGGAAGCUUCGUCGGCCGCGAAUCAUAGACAAUUUGUGUGUAAAUGAUGUAAAAGAAGGUGUUAGUAAAACAAAUAAUAGUGGUCAUACGGAUUUAGCUGAUCGUUUACGAAGCUUGGCUGCAGCCGGCAAUAUGUCGGCAUCAGCUGGUGAAUUACUGUCACUGGCGCCGCCCCCGCCUGCAGCCACAGCGCCACCGUCGCCUGGUUGUCUUCUCUCACCAUCCCUGGCAGAUCAAAGUUCUGCAGAGUAUUUUGGUUCGAGUCCAGAAUGCUGUACAGAUAGUGUGGGUUUAGAAAAUACACCAGGGGCGCCAGUCCCUCCUCCAGGCCCUCGAUAUAAACUAGCGACAGAGGGCACCCUGAGGGUAUGCUGCUUUCAACACACGAGAACAGUGGUUGUCAAAAUCUUGGCUGCUAAGUUUCUUAGGAGAUGGGAGACGCAUGUACUCUGCUUACAAGAAGAAUACAUAGUUUCUAAAACGCCUUCUGGUUUACUUGAGCAAGCUUUAUCAUACAGCUGCAUGCAAGAAGUGUACUGUAUAUCGCGAUGGGAUUCAGCGAGGAAAUACUGUUUAAGAAUAGUUAUGUCUCUUGGAUCUCUAUUAUUGCAGGCAAAUGACGCAUAUACCAGGGACCAAUGGUACCAUUCUAUUGUGUGGAGGAGAAAUAUGAUUAGAUACAAGAAAUUUCUCACCAAAACCAUAAGGAAGGAAGUAGUAAUGAAAGAAUUAAAGAACAUGGUGGAUUUCGUCAUGACAACUCCGUUGCAAGAUGAAAGUGUGACAAGGGACCCUCUUCAGAUACUCACAAAUUUAUUAUCGGAGAAGAAAGAAAGCCCUGAUUGGGAAGAAUGGGCAGAGAAUACAACAAGCGUUGCUGCUCCACUCUUAGCGGAACGGUGUGCAUCAGGUGAACUAUGUGCUUUGUUGGCGCGGUUAUGUAGAAGAAGACCGCGAGCCGCACCGCUACCCGCUCUUGCUCCGCCUGUCCGCCGUGUCCUCACCCGAAACGUGGAUUUCGCGAGAGCACCAAACGCUCGUCAACUAGUCAAAGAUUAUAUCAGUGCAUUGAGCGCGCACAACUCGGGCGCGGCUCUCGUGCGUCGUUUCGUGGAGGUGACGCACGGAGGACGUGCUUCGUGCCCGCACCCGCGCGCCGCUCCCAACCUUGCUGCAGUUGCACUUGCAGCACUCGACGAGUAUUACCGCCAUUCCACUCUACCCCACCAAUGUGACGACAAGGAAGAUGAAGUUUUAUGUUUUGCUGAUAUUUUAGAACACAUGUGUGAAUAUGAAGAUUGGUUAGUUGUAGUAGGUGCUGUCCUGCAACCUGUGCCUUUAUGUGUGGGAGCGAUGAGCUGCCCGCGGGUCGCUCAAAGGCUGGCCAACGUGUUAGGCGCACUGUCGCGAGAUCAACGUUGCGCCGCCCACGCAUGCGUAGCGCCAGCACGCGCUGCCAGGUCCUCGCCACCUUCCUGGCUUAAAGCUGCGGCGCCUUCGGAUCCCUUAUUAGCGAUACCACAGCAAAAAUUAUGUCAGCUUUGGGGUUCUAUGAUCGGUAGUCUUCUGCAUUGUUGCUGUAAAAGAAAAAGUUUUCUUCAGAGUCUUAGCAAGCAAUUACCAGAUUUCGUUAUAGUUGCGUUAACAGAACAUGAAUCUGCAUUGGAAUCAUUAUGUCUAAUGUUAGAAUGGGAAGUUGCUAGUGGAGAACAAACACAAUUAGAAAUAAUAGCAGCAUUACAAGGCACUGAGCUCGGACAAAAGUAUUAUAAAGAUCUAUGUGAAAGACAGCAAAAUCUUCAGAGAUUGCAAGCGGAGGGCGGUCCCCGACGGCUGGCGCUGCCGGUGCGCGCGACGGACGCGGAUGUGGCGGCGCUGCUGGACGCCGGCGCGCUCGGUAAUCUAGAGUGCCUCUCGCUUGCAUUCACCAGCGUCACCAGCGCCUGCGCACAUCAUCUCAUCAAGUUGCCAUCUCUCCGUUAUUUAAACCUGUGGGCGACGAAAUUCGGCGAUAGCGGAGUACAACUGAUCGCGGAGCACCUACCACGUCUGCAGGUUCUCAAUCUCUGCGAGACGCCUGUAUCGGACAAAGGCAUCGAGGCUUUAUCAGGUUUAUCGAAUCUUAGACGGCUAAAUCUAAACAGUACCAAGCUAUCGGCCGAAGCUUUCCAGAUACUCCGACAGAGGCUGCCACAACUGCAGGAGUACGACAUUCGCUACACGGAGGCGUGGUGACAGCGAACGUCUAUACGGCUAAUCUCCUCUUCUAGCAUAUAAUUUGUUCACGCACGAUCUCAAAAAGAAUCCUCUUAUAGAUAAUGCAUAUUUAAACAUUUAACCCCUUUAUUUAUAAAAACGUGAAACGUUUACGCUAAAUAAUUAUUGGUAUACUAUUCUUUGGUCUAAUAAAUAUAGUAUUCCUCUUUCUAGUAUAAAUUAUAAUUGAAAAGAUAGUGACAAAACAUAUUAAUAGUCAAAUAAGUUUUUGGGGGUUUUUCUUUUUUUAUGAAUAAGGCGGUUAGUGUUGUUCAUGAUGCACUGAAAUUAGUAAAUUAAAAAAACAAACAGUGUUAAAUCAGAAUAUACCUAAGCCUAAAAAACCCAAUGUUUAUCACAUCACAUCACGUUGAUUUAUCACGAUCCGUAUAGCGAAAUUGGUUAACAGAGAAGCAUUUUAACAUAAUAAGUUAUAAAUAAAUAAAAUUCUUAUUAUCUGAAAUACUGAAUUAUCUGACUGGCUCGUUGAUGAUUGUUCUGGUGUUCUUAUAUAGUUUGUAAGUAAUUAUCUAAAAAUAAUCGAAUUUAACUACGAUAAACAUUUAGUUAUUGUUAUUUAUGCCGGAAAUCCCACACAGAUCUUAUCAAUCUAGUUAUAAUAUUGCAAUUUAUUGAGAUUUCUUACUUUGCUGGUAGGUACUACUACAAAAUAUGUUAUAUUUACAUAAAUGUAUAUAUCGGCCUAGCAAGUUACCAUCAUACACGUGUUCCCUUGCCGUUUAGAAAGCAAUCAUGAAAAUUAUUAUAGUCUUCAUUUUGUUUUUUAAUUAUCUCUAUGAUUUUAGCAUGUAGUAAUAAUUCUAGUAGUAGCUACCAGAUUAAACAAUUGUGGUUUGAGAUUUAAGAUGGACACCGCUUAGCGAUGUAUUUAUAUUAUUACACUAAUUUAUUUAUUUAAUAAUAUUCUUAGAUAGGAUGUACAAACGAUAGGUAGUUAUAAAUGUUAUUUAAAUUAAAACUAUCUACGCUUACACUUUAGUAUUGUUAUUUUUAGGAAUAUUUAUAAGGUUACCUACGUUUUGGGCUGUGAGAAAAAGAACCAACUCGAGUGUAUGAACAUUGUGGAAAGUUUGGCUCUCAUAAAAUGUUGUAACUUGUAUUCUUUUCUUACUGAAAUAAUAUUCCUUUAGAAUAUAUAUUUUUGUAAUAUCAU